UUUUGCUAAUACUUUGGUUCGGUUCACUUAGGAAUGAACGAAAGUCUAUUGCUCAAAAGUAUAUAGACUUUGCACUUUGAAAUGAACGAAAACCUAAGUAAGUAGUAGCCUUUAAAAACGAAUACGGAACCUGCAAGAUCUCAACCGUUCAUUUUAGCAAUCAAUGGUCCAAAUCGACCAAAAUACUUUUCGACGGUCGCGAGUUCCGUAAAUUCUUAUUUACGGAGCUCCGUAAAUAAGAUUUCCCCUAAAAAGUAUGUUUUUUUUCCCACUUUCGAAUCAGCUCUCUUGACGUUUUCCAACCAUACUAAUAGACAAUUUAACUGGUAUGACGACGAAGCGGUGGAGAUAUAUUACAAUUUUUACACAAAAAAAAAAACAGGGACAAUUAGGAACGCUGCAGAAGUUCUUACAAGUUUUCUCAUAAUAAUAGACACGAAAAGAGAGUAUCGGACGAUACUCUUUUAAGGGUCCAUGCUUCUUUGGGUGGGUUUUUUCGCUGAUCUCGAUCAUAAACUCUAUCUUUUUUGUAUAACCCGAUUUCGUUUCAUGGACCCCCACAAAAAAUGCAAAUCAAAACUUUUAAAAUAACGCACAUGGAAAUUUAGGGAUAACUGGCCAAAAUUAAAAUCAACACAAGAUACAUAGAUGGUGUCCUUGACAAUGAAUAUUGUUUUUAGCUGACGUAGGAAGGGAUAAAUUGAUGGUGUGAUUGCCUCUAUAUUUUGACUGCCCAUAUAUGAUGAAGAAUAAGAGGAAGAACCCUUUAAAUUUUGGUAGGUAGAGAAUCAACUUUUAAUAUUAUUUUUUCAUAUAUUUCCAAAUCAAUUGACUUAUGGUCCUACCUUAAUUUAACAUUAUAAUUGACACAUGCACGAAUCUUUAAAUGGUCACUGGCUUACAUAUGAAACUUGACAGGUUUUGCAGUACUACCUGUAGCGACUUAUCAAGGUCUAAGCUAACUAAGCUAACUCUAGAAUCAUGGAUAACAUUACUAUUUUCGGUCAAGCAGACAAACACUUGCAAAGAACGGUUGAACUCCUCCAAAAAAACAAUGUCAGGGUUGUGAUACGCGAUGAGCAAGAACUCAACGCUAUUCGUAUUCGUGAAGAAAAACGAAGGGCUCAAGCAAUAGCUGCGGAAAAACUACAGGCAAACCGUAUGGGAAAAGGAAAACAAAAGGCUACAUGUGCGGACAAGCGGAAAGAUAAUGCCUUGGUUGAACUUCGUCAACAUAGAAAUGGUGGAGUUGUGAUCCGCGAUGAGUUAGAACUUCAUAAUCGUCAAGAGGAACGAAAUGCUAAAGCAAAAGUUGUGGAAAAACGAAAGGCAAACUCUAUUGGCAAGGGGAAACAAAAGUCUACAUGUUCGAACAACGGAAAAGAAAAUGUCUCGGUUGAUCUUCUUCAUCAUAGAAAUGGAGUUGUAAUCCACGAUGAGCUUGAGAUUCGUAUUCGUCAGGAGAAAAGAAUGGCAGAUGCAAUAGCUGUGGAAAAACUGAAGGGAACCUCUAUGGGUAAGGGAAAACAGACUGGAAGAUAUGCAAAUAGGGGCGAAGAAAACUCCAAGGCACUCAAUGAUAAUUUUAUAUCGAGAGCAACAUUAGCCCAACGUGCACGACGAGAUCGAGAAAAUAGAUUACAACAAUGCACUGCGAUUCCCCUUGGACAAUGCUUGCGAGUAGACCCUCCACAAAAGCGACAAUGUCUGCAAUCUCUACAACAGAAUGCACUACAUGCAAAAUCCACGGAUUGGGAGGAAAAGGCUAUGGAGCGAAAGAGGAUCAAUUCAACUAGAUUGCGUCAUUGGCUGUCGAAUAGUAUUGUGGUUCAUGCUUUGAACUGGUACAUAGAAGUUGAUACUCAAACCUUUUGGAGAGUCAUGGAAAUGAAGUUUAAGCCUCUCAAUUCCAGAGGAGUCUAAGCUUUUCUUAGAAAGAGGACGUCUACAUGCAUAUGGAAUUUUGUGAAGCAGGCACAUAUUUUUUGACAAAGAGACCCUAUUUAUGACUCUCUUUUGUGAAGUCUUCAAACCUAGGGGUGUAGUCAAUGGGAAGCUGCUUUUUGUAAAGGCUUUUGACAAUAGUGGUGUAUAUCUUUGUUUUGUCAUUUCCCGUACAAAUUGAAACUGUAUUUUACUGUCUGUACUCAUGAUUGUUUAAAAAUCAUUUAGUUUCUUUGAAGUCU